GGGCGGGGUUGUUGUCCGCCGCUCGCCGCAUCCCGGGUUUCCUGAGGAGGAAGCUGAGUUUCCUUUUCACUCCCUGAGGCGCUGGUCCCGGGUUCGAGAGCCAGGGGCUUCUCUGCGCCCGCCCGCCCGCCCUCUCGGAGCGACUCAGCGGCCGAGCAGCGAGCGACAUGGAAGCCGAGGACUUCCAAGACGAGCUGACCUGUUCCAUCUGCCUGGACUACUUCCAGGAUCCGGUGUCCAUCGAGUGCGGGCACAAUUUCUGCCGUCACUGCCUGAACCGCAGCUGGACACCGAGCGUCGGCUACUUGCUCUGCCCCGAGUGCCGGCAGCAGUCAACGCCCCGCGCGAUGCGGCCCAACUGGGCCCUGGCCAGGAUCACGGACAAGAGGCGGCGCGGGCGGCAGGGCGCGGGGUCUCAGGAGCUGUGCCGCCGCCACCGGGAACCCCUGCGGCUCUUCUGCGAGGUCGACCAGCGGCCCGUGUGCUUGGUCUGCAGGGAGUCCCAGGAGCACCAGGCCCACGCCAUGGCACCCAUCGACGAGGCCUUUGAGGACUACCGGGUGAGCCGAAUUGAUAUUCAUCCAGAUUUCUGGGUCCGCAGGCAGAUGAUGAUUGUGUGUUACCCUUCUAAAAAAAUGAAAAAACUUGUUAGUGCUGAAAGUAGGCUUGCAGUCAAGAUGAAGAUGGCUAUGCAGUUACAGGACACAGAGCUGAAGAAUGCUACAAAGUGGAAGGAGAAGAUAAAGAAUCAGGAAAUGAGAAUCAGCACAGAAUUUUCAAAGCUGCACCACUUUCUUGCUGACGAAGAGCAGUUGAUUCUUCAGAGACUGAGAGAAGAAGAUGAAGAAACCCAGAAGAAAAUGAAUGAGAACAUGUUAAUGCUCAAUCAGAUCAUCACUUCCUUGAAGAAGCUCAUGCUGGAGGUGGGGGCCAAGAGCCAGGCUUCCACCCUCGAGUUGCUUCAGAAUCCCAAACAUGUGUUGACAAGGUGUGAGAACCAGGAUGAUGUGAACUACUCCCCUGAAGUUGUAAAUGUGAAGACAGUGUGCCAGAUACCAAUGAUGAAGGAAAUGCUGAAGAGAUUCCGAGUGGCGGUAAGCCUAGCUGAAGAUACAGCUCAUCCCAAACUUAUCAUCUCCCAGGAAGGGAGAUAUGUGAAAAAUGGAGCACCAGCCAGUUACUGGCCAGUAUUUUCUACAGCAUGGAGCUACUUCACUGGACGGAAGACUCAGAACAACACACAUGUUGAGAGAUUUCAGCACUUGCCUUGUGUCCUGGGAAAAAAUGUUUUCACUUCAGGAAAACAUUACUGGGAAGUGGAGAAUAAAGAUAGCCUAGAGAUCGCUGUGGGGGUGUGUCGGGAAGAUGUCAUGGGGAUUAAUGAUAGUAGAGAAUUAUCCCCACAUAUGGGAAUCUGGAUCAUUUACUGGAGUUCAGCUGGCUAUCGGCCCUUGACAAGCCUUCCUGUCAUUCCUGUCAAACAAGAACCAGCGCUUCACCGGGUUGGGAUUUACCUAGAUCACGGCGCUGGGAAUGUUUCAUUCUACAGCGCUGUGGAUGGAGUGCACUUACACACUUUCUCUUUUCCUUUCGUUUCACGCCUCAGACCAUUUUUUUGGUUGAGUCCGUUGGCAUCUUUAGUCAUCCCAGUAGCUGAUGGAAAAUAAAGCCAUUCUUCUCCUGUCAGAAAGUCUCUCUUUGUACCCCAGAUGAGGGACAUGCGUACUCUAGCCCUCCUUUACAUCAUAUUGUUCCAUACAUCCUCAGCAGUCCGUCAAUAGCGUCGUUGCAGAUUCUGAUUUCAUGUUGUUUGGUCCUGUGCAUAGGUGGAUGUGAAAGACCUGAUUGGUCGCCCUUCCAGUGUACACUCCCCUAGUUCUUGUCUUUGGAGUCUUUCUAAUGGAAUUUUUGGGCUUUGCUUCAGAGGAUUGGUGCAGAGGAAGCGAUCAUGUGAAGUAGUUCUAGCCAUGGAGAUGGGAUGGGAAAUUUUCUAAGCUGCUUCUGUUUGGUGUUUUGUAACCACUGACAAGAGAUGCUUGGGAAGACAACAGUCCUGCAUGAACAUUAGCAGCUCUGUUAGGGCUGAGAAUACAGAAAAGGUCGAAGAAGCCUGGUGUCUGUGGCCAUCAUUAAACUGUUGAAGUUUUCCUAAUUGCACAGUUUUUAUAUGAGAUAAUCAUACUCUUACUAUCUAAGACCAUUUUAAUUGCAUUUGGUCAUUUAUAGCCCAAAGUACCCUGAUGGUUAUUAAGGGCACAAAGCGUGGGCAUCCUACAAUCUUACCUUUUUUGAAAUUUGGCAAAACUACAGAAUUAUCUAGUCAUGCAUUCCCUCUUUGCAGUCAAUCCUGAUAUUCCCACUUUCUGGAUCAGGAAAUUGAGGAAAUCUUCCCUUUUAUGCCCUUGUUGCUCUGCCUCUUUUCUAGCCACGGUCUCUGUCCUCAAGUGUUCACUAUGCUGUGUGAUAUUCAGCUUCAUAUUUUGAAUACACAGGAUUAUUCAUGUCAUAUGCAUUCAUUGGGAAACAUUUGUUGUAUGUUAAUGUUGUACUAGCCUCUUAAUAAAAUAGGAUAUUAAAAUCCCAGUGGGAAGCCUGAAACCCUUGGAGUCCCAGCUCAGUGUUGGUCAGCUGGUGAAUGAGUGAGUGAGUGUUGGGAUUAAAACCAGGAUAUUUUUUUUGAUGUGAAAACCCAUACGCUCUUUCUCUUCAGUUUAUUUGUAAUCACUUGUUGAAUGUUGAUUGUGGGCCAUCCUGAUCUUUGUUUCAGGUUUUAAUUUUGUUUUGUGAUUUUUAUCCUGUAUGUAUUUUCUUCACUUUACCUUUCUGCUGUAGAAUGCACAUAUUGAUGAUUGUAAUAUUUAGUGGAUAUUUUAAAAACAGUGUUUAUUUCUCCUUGGCAUUGCUAAAGUCAUAUAUGUGUUUGCUAUAGAAAAUUUUGAACAUAAAAGUACAAAAAUCAAAGUUAUCCGUAAUCUGACUAUCACCAAUAUUUUAAUGUAUCUGCUUCCAGACUUUCAAUAAAGACUUUCUGGCAGUGAUUUCAGCAAUCUCUCAAACUUCUCUCCUCCUGAUGUCCCUACCUGCCCUUUGUUUUCCUGUUUAGCCUUGAUUAUUCCUUUCACUUAACAAUUUCUGUUGAAUUCCUCUUAACUCUCCAGGAUGCGUGCUGUUACGGGUUGGAAUAUGUCGCCCCCAAAGACUUUGAAGUCUUUCCUGUUACCUUAUUUUGAGGCUGUUUGUGUAAGCCCUGUUCUAGUUGUCCUUAUGAGUGAAAUUUUGUAUACACACACACACACACACACACACACACACACACACACACACACAAGAUGCAGUCAAGGGACCGGAGAGGGAGGAAGAAGGCUUAAACUACCUUGCGGGUGGUGGUAUCUACCGUAUUUUGGGAUGCUUAUGUGUGGACAACUUACCCUGUUCUUUUGUUGAUUAUUUAGUCAUUUUUAUCACAUAGGCUUGUAAGUAUGUAUAUCAUCAUUAGGUAUAUAAUUAAAGUAUCCUAACUUUUACCUUGAGAGACUCUGGCAUGUUACUGCGUGUAUUGCUUUAACGUGUCCCUGUCCUUAUAUUUUUUGAGUGCUUUGUGUCCUGGCACUAAAGGUGUGCCAUACUCAUCUAGUAUUUUUCUUGCUUUGACCCUAGACUCCACUAGGUCUGGGGAAUCCAAGAGUGACACCUUGGAGACUCUGGGCUUCCUGACCCAUUACCAGAUUAAAAAACCCAAAUGGCCCCUACCCUUCUACCUUAAAGUUGUGCUUCUCCACCGCUCAGCACACCUGCUAAUGAGGUGCCCACGAAGAAAGCUUUCUGAGCAGGAAAUUGUUUCUUCUUAUGCCUGUUUUGGGUUUUUGUUUUUCAGUUUUGUUGUUUCCUUUGAUAGAAGUUCUCAUAUCCCUUUUUAAAAAAAAAAAUUAAUGCUAGGUUAGUAGAGGCUUAACCAUGAUAGAAAUGAUGGAGGGGGCGGGAGAGGGGAACUGAUAUCUCCCAAGAUUAACCUUCACUU